ACACAUACACAACAUAUAUUUUGUAAUAGUUUUCUACAAACAAUAAAUACAGACUACAUAGAAUAUAGCUUAUUAUAGACGAUUAAGUAAAUGCAGUCGAGCCCAAGCCUGAAGAAGAAACUGGUUGCCUAGCGACCAGUGGAAGUGUAGCGUCAGCUAGCUAGCUAAGCGAUCUGCUAACAAAUGAAAUAUGCCCCAUAAAACAGCGUAUAAAUGCCACCAAAAAGAAAAGGACCUUUGCAGCUUGUGCGGAGAGAAGUGGACGAAAUCAAAAAACAGGUUGACAGUCUGGUGAAGGAUGUGCAGAGUCGGGAUGGAUCCACUGAAAAGGCAUUUGGGAGAUGUCAAGAACUGCAGAUGUCGGCAGAGAAGACACUAAGGACAUUAAUGAAACUGACUAAGGCGGAUGAGCUGGCUCCGGUGGGGAACUAUGAUCAGAGGAAGCAGGACGAGGAGAGACGACUGCAGAACAUCUUGGAGCGUGUAAACACUCUCUCUCUGGAGCUUUCACCUCCAGGACCCAGUACUGCUGCAGGCUCCGUUUUAAAGGAAGAUAGCGAGGAUGAUAAUGACGAAGAUGAUGACGAAGACAGUAGCGACACUGAUGGUGAUGAUGAAGAUGAGAAGCAAGCCGUGAAACCGCCCUCUGAGUCAGACCCUCACAUCUACACAGCACUCAGUGACUUCAGAGGAGAACAGGAGGGAGAUCUGUCUGUUCAGAGGGGGGAGUUAUUGAGGAUUAUCAGGAAGACAGCAGAUGGAUGGUGGCUGGCUCAGGACGCUAAAGGCAAAAGAGGGCUGGUUCCAAAAACCUACCUGAAGUUAAAACCACUCACCUUUCAGAUUGGCUCUGGUGUUGAUGAUGAUGAUGAUGAUGAUGGCGAUGAUGAUGAUGGAAAAGACGACGAUGAUGAUGAUGAUGAAAAUGAGGAGUCAGAUGAGGAUGAAGAUGGUGAAGAACUGACUGAUGACCGAGAGAAACAGAGCAGUUCUCCACAUUCCAACUGGAGUACUGUGAAAAAAGCUUUGACUCAGAUGGAUGCAACAGAUGUGCUCUCUGCCAUGGGGGCUAUACCUUCAGGAUUCAGAACAUCAUAUCUCAACAAACUGCUGGUGGAGGAAGGUAUAACAUACAGAGGAAGUCACUAUAUUCAGCCUGAGCUCAGCCAAUCGCAGCUCUCCUUUAGUGACCUCUUCCUGGAUCCAGACACUGGCAGGGUUCGUGCUCGUCAGGUCAGGACUUGUGUUUGUUUCAGUUUGUGGAGCUGCAGGAUGAUUCCUACUCCUGGGGUCGGAGUUCAAGUCCUCAGCAGACACGUCCGCCUGUGUGCUUAUGAUGAAACUCAGGUGUUGAGUAACAUCCACACAGUGAGGGCAACGUACAACUCCAAGAGCCCCAAGACCUGGAGCUUCUCUCCAAGAAUGACAGGUAUCCUACCCGCCCUUCUAGAUGGAGACUGUUUCCUACGCUGCAACUCUGCGUCUCCUAAGCUCGGUAUCCUCUUUGAACUGGGAGUCACCUUUAUACGCAAUUCUACAGGAGAGAGAGGGGACCUUAGCUGUGGCUGGGCUUUCCUAAAACUGAUGGACGACACUGGAAAUCCACUACCUAACAAGACCUAUGAACUGCCAGUGAACGGUGGCAUGCCCUUUGAGAAGGAUGUCACGGUGGAGGCAUCAGUCAGCAGAGGAUCUCCAGCUGGGGUUUUCCAGCAGAUGCUUCAGGCCAGGCGGCAGCCCAAACUCAUCAUAAAGAUAAAAUCAGCCAGCAGCCGGACCAGAACACAGCUCAGUGUCCUUCCAGACACUCUGCUUCACUGUCUGAGCUGCGUCCACCUGCUGGCUCUGCACAGGCAGCUGCUGGCCGACACGCUGCUGAUGGACAGGCCUACCAUGCAGAAUGCAGAUCUGAUCUGCAGUCCUAUACUUUCUACAUUCCCUGUGCUGUUGGACCAACCAGACCUGCUGGAUGCUCUCAGGACUGCCUGGCUGGAUGCUGAGACCAGCAUGAGCAGAGCGCAGAAGAGAGACGAGUCCCAUUUAAAACAGGAGUUUGUUAAAGUCUACAUGUCGUCCGUCUAUUUCCUCCUCCACUCACCCUCGCUGCCCUGUCAUCGCUUGGCGGACCCACCCUCAGAGGAGCGGCGGGGCAGAGUCAUCUUCGCCACCCUGGAUGCUCUCAAACACACCCAGCACUCCACGGGCCAAUCUGGAGACCCAGAGGUCUUUCUCGACCCCAUGCGUCAGCAUGUCGCCUUUGAUAUCACAGAGUUGACCUUUGACCUCCUUCAUGUGGCACGGUAACCGUUACAUCAAAUCACUUAGAGGCAAGGUUGAUUACAUUGAGUACAUUUGAAUGUAAAUACAUUUAAUUAAGUGUAUUCUGGACAUCAGUUUGCUUUACUAAUAGGAAUACACCCCUUAAAAGUGCCAUGCAUACAUUUAGAAACAUUUAAAAUAAAUGUAAAGGAUAAGCUGGUGAUAUUCUAUAUUUUUGUUACUGUCAAUAAAUCCCAUGAAAAGACAAAAAAGCGUUAUUACAUUUCUCAAUACUUCCUUAACUUCCAAACAGGAGUAAAUAAUGUAUUUAUUGGGGACUAUUUUCAGCUGUAGAUUAAUACACUUGGUGCUCUAGUUUGGCAGCAGCAUGUGGGAUCGACUCCAAAUAAACUAAACUAAACUAAUAAAAUAGUGCCUCGGUUCCUUCACCUAGUUCACUCAUUGAUGUGUUUUGAACAGUCUUUGGACAAUGAUGGAGCUCUGUGGCACAGAGCAAUUAAUCAGGCUUUGGAUUCACAAACAAUCCUUGUUGGAGAUUCUGAUUAUACACAAUGACCCUCUUACCUGCUGAAAUAAAUGUGGAACAAAAGUGAAUGUGUAUAAUGCCAAAGAUCCCUCUUUAAUGAAUCAUGGAGUACACUCCACUCCUCUUAAAGUCAACACUAAAACAAGUUCCAGUAAUAAGGGAGGGACACUUUGUGAUGAGACCAAAGCAGAUUUCUGUAAUAAUAGAACCGUUAAUGACAUUAUUAGCAUGUUUUUUUACUGCUAUUUAUUGCCAAAGUUUGUUCUAUUUUGUAAUAAACAUUCUA